GCUGGUUGACCAAUGGACCUGUUUUAAAAACCAUGCCACCACCUACUUGAGAAACUCCUCGCGUUACCCUUAAAAAAUUCGAGAACAACUCCUCUACAGAAUCCGAGCCCGCUAUACCAUUUCUAGCCUCUAAAUCGGUUCACAAAAUCAGAAUGGGUGUGGCAGCAAAAAUCGCACCGUCGAUGCUAUCAUCGGAUUUCGCCAAUUUGGCAUCGGAAGCUCAGCGAAUGCUCGAUUGCGGCGCCGAUUGGCUUCACAUGGACAUCAUGGAUGGGCACUUUGUCCCUAACCUAACAAUUGGUGCUCCAGUCAUUGAGAGUUUGAGAAAACACACAAAGGCAUAUUUAGAUUGUCACCUUAUGGUCACGAAUCCUCUUGAUUAUGUGGAGCCUUUGGGCAAAGCUGGCGCAUCAGGAUUCACGUUUCAUGUUGAGGUAUCCAGAGAUAAUUGGGGAGAACUUGUCCAGAGAAUCAAAUCAAAGGGCAUGAGGCCUGGUGUAUCAUUAAAACCUGGUACGCCGAUUGAAGAAGUUUAUCCUUUGGUUGAAGGUGAAAAUCCUGUGGAAAUGGUCCUUGUGAUGACUGUAGAACCUGGAUUUGGUGGACAGAAGUUCAUGCCAGAAACAAUGGAUAAGGUACGGGCUCUAAGGAAGAAGUAUCCAUCACUUGAUAUAGAGGUGGAUGGUGGUUUAGGGCCUUCAACGAUUGACAUGGCAGCUUCAGCUGGAGCAAACUGCAUUGUGGCAGGAAGUUCAGUGUUUGGAGCUCCUGAUUCAGCCCAAGUAAUAUCUCUCAUGAGAAAGAGUGUUGAGGAAGUCCAGAAAAACAACUGAUACUGGUAGAUGCAAGACUUUUCAGCAUUGUAUGUGUAAGGAAUACAUGUCGUUGUCCUGUUUGGCAUUUUGGAAUUCAUAAAAUGGCAUCUUUAUCUCCCCCUUUCAAGUCUACCCAUGUCUACAACACUGAAAGAAGCGUAGACCACUAUGUACGAUAAUGAGAUCCAUGGAGGGUCUGAAUUAAGUUAAUAAAUGCAUGUGCCUUUCACAACAUAAUUUCCAAUAA